AUGAGCCCUAAACGAUCAGCACUAUGGCCAGUUCAUACAACAUUGAUCGGAUUCUCGGGUGGACAAAUCCUUCCUGAAGGAAUGAUCUCGCUGCCACUCACUGCCAAAAAUUCUCCACAUCGGGCGACAGUAAUGAUCGAUUUUCUCAUAGUCGACCAACUAUCUGUUUACAAUGCCAUACUCGGUUGGCCCUCUCUAUGCCUUCUUGAAGCUGUAGUAUCGACAUACCAUCUUUUCAUGAAAUUUUCAACUGGGUCGGGAGUAAGAGUCAUUAAAGGUGACCAGCAGGAUGCAAGGUGCUGCUACAUGACGGUCGUAAAAACUCCAGCCAAGAUAACCACGAUUGAAUCGUUGGACCUUCGGACCGAAACCUACGAGCGAGGACAACCAGUAGAAGACCUUAUCCCAAUAACUUUGGUUGAGAUAGAUGAAACCAAGACGGUUCGGAUUGGCUCGUCCCUACAGUCGCCCCUAAAAGAUAAGCUGGUUUCCCUACUCCGACGAUACGCUGAUGUAUUUGCGUGGAGCCACGAAGAUAUGCCUAGGAUCGAUCCCUCAGUGAUGACUCAUCGCCUCAACAUCAAUCUGACCUACCGACCGAUCCAACAGAAGCGACAACCACUCGGCCUCGAAAGAUACGCCAUUAUCGAGGAAGAGGUCAGCAAGCUCCUCAAGGUUAAAUUCAUCGAGGAGAUAUACUAUCCGAAGUGGGUAGCUAAUGUCAUACUCGUUAAGAAAGCCAAUGGGAAAUGA